AUGGAUAUUUCCGCACUAUCCGAAGAUAAAUUCGAUGCUGUCGAUUGGAUAAAUGAAAAUUUCAAAAAAUAUAGUGAAGAAAACAAAUCAUCAACUGCCGGUGGUCGGAAUACAGACCAGACUUCUGCCGGUGGCGAAGGUAAUGAUCGAGUGGCCAUUGAAUUCAUCAAUAGCUAUGUUUCCAAACUCCAGCUGUAUGUCCAGCAAGUGAAUUAUGCUGUGGAGGAGAGUAGCCAACAAUUGGUAGCCAGUUUACCGAAAAUUGUCAAAGAUGUUAAGGCCUUGCAUACGGAUGUUCGUGCGCUGCAGGGUCGUAUGUUGGAAAUGCGUCAGGAGGUGGCUGCAGUGCAGGAGGAAACCGGUGAAUGUAUGGCCACAUUGGAGAAAUUGAAUUCAAAGCAAAUUAAAUUGCAGACUGCAAAGGAGUCGCUGCAGGAAUCGGAUGGUUGGGGUAAUUUAAUAUCCCAGCUGGAGGAUAGUUUUGAAAAGAAUGAUUUGAAGAGCGUUUGUGACAAAAUUGCCGCCUUGCAAAAGAGUUUGCAAGCCCAAGAACAGCUACCCGGUCACGAAGAUCGCAAAUCUCAAGUAGAAGAUUUUAAAAAUCGCCUAGAAGCUUUGGCCUCCCCCAGCCUCGUGCAAUGCUUUGCCGAAGGUAAUAUCGAACAAGCGCAACGUUAUGUCAAUAUCUUUGCGGCAAUUGAAAGGAAACCACAGCUUCUUCAAUAUUAUUCAACGGUGCAAAAAACAGCAUUACAACAACAAUGGAAACAAACUCUCGAGAUCCAAGCCACUGAGACGGUGGGCCAGCAACAACAUUUCCUUAACCUCUUCUAUGAUCAGUUGCUGGAAAAUUGUCAAAAACAAGUUAAAUGGUGUGCUCAAGUGUUCGGAGGAGAUGAGGAGGCCAUACAGCAGCCAUUACGGAUGUUAGCAGAAUUAUUGCCAUCUCUGCAACCCUCUCGAGAUAAUCACAUUCUGCAGUUACUGAAAACCUGCAAUGAACGAUUGGAACUGCUGCAACAAUUUGCCCAAGCUAAUCACAAUUUUGUGCUGCAAUUAAAUGCCUAUCUGGAACAGUCGUCAAUUGAACUAAGUGAAGAUCUGAAGCAACAAUUGUCCCAUUCGAUCUAUGAAUAUUUCCAUAAAUUCAUACAACAAUACCCACGACUGGAAGAGACCCACCUCUCCACGCAAGUCGAUAAGGUUUUAGUUUCCCAGUCACAUGCCAGUGAUGCUGUACGCCACCUGAAGGAUAGUACCAGUAAACUCUUCGAUUGGCUACACGAAGCUCUGCAACGUUGUAACAAUAUUACCAAUGACCUGGCUCUCUGCAAGCUCAUCAAUUUAUUGGGUGGCAUUUUCAAGCGGCUCCUUGAACAAUUUGCCAAAACUCAACGCCAGCUGACAUUGAAUAUUGGUUCGAAUGCCAAUGCAGCAAAUUCCGAUAGCAACUGGUCCAUGUUGCAAUACACUCUGGCCCUAUUGGAAUGUCUGGCAGAUUAUCAUCAAAAAUUGCAGAAGUUUGAAAAGACCCUGCAGGAACGUUUGAUGCAACUUAAAUUGAAAUUAGAAGAAUCGCCCAAGAAGACAUUAAAUAUCUAUCAAACAUUUGAUUCGGGAGAAAGGCAUAGACUCUUGAAAAAUAUUGAGGACUUACAGCAAAAACGCUUGGAGGAUAAUACCUCGACAACUGUGGGUAUCUUCAGCAAUAUUUAUGAGUCGCUGAAAACUUUCUUCACUGAAACACACGAUAUCACCUUGAAUAUCCUACUACAACCGCUGGAAUCCCAUUUGGCGGAGAUACAACCUCCCGCUCAAUUACAGCAGGGCCACAUGCAAGAUAUGCCCGCCUUUAGUUUUGCCCCCCAAGAAAGUAUUACACAAAUUGGCCAAUAUCUUCUCACCCUACCACAACAUUUGGAACCUUUACUACUGUCACCCUCCACACUACUCAAGCAAGCCUUGGAAAUGUGUCAUAUUAAAUAUGCCCAAGCCAUACCCUCAGCAGAUAUUCUCCUCUCGUUGGUUGUGGCCCAAUGCUGUGUCCUCUAUCAAUCACAAAUUUUACAAAUCAAAUCGAUAUCGAAUGCCUCCUCAAAGCAAUUGGCUGUCGACAUUGAAUAUCUAUCAAGUGUUGUCGAAGAAUUGGGUUUAUCUCUAACAACGUCAUUAACUCAAAUCUUGACACUGCUCAAGGCUUCACCGGAGAAUUAUUUGUCUCUGAGUGCGGGUUGUGAGCCACGUUUGGUAACAGCCAUUCGGCAAAUGCGCAAUAUUAUCUCAACACAAUAAGAGACGCGUGUGGCUAACG